AUGAUAGCCCCAACUAUGCUGGUACUGAACACACGAACUAACACUACGAGUAAGCGAAAGCAAAGCCCGGAGCACCACAGCUGGCUAAGUCGUUGUCGCAAGAAUAAGCCGCAAUGGAAUGCGUUGGGCGCUGGCUCGCUCAUCUUUGUUUCAGGCGGCAUGAGCCUGGCCUGGGGCGCUGGCUUUGCGGCACAAUCCAUGCAUAUGGAACUGCUCACACUGACGCUGCACAUGCAAAUCUGUUGGUAUGGAGCGGCGCUCCUUGGAGCCGCAUUGAGCGUCAUAUUGACACACCGCACACCACAGCGACCCGUUUAUGUGUUCAGCUCAUGCCUGGUGCUGAUCUGUGGUGUGCUCUUCCUUACGCUGCCUGAGCGACCAAAUGCCAUUAUUGCAGCACGCUACUUGGAUGGAUUUGCCAAUGGCUUGGUCUUUGUUCCCACUCUGACUACUGUGGGCGAGCUAUCUGUUUGUGAGAUGCGCGGCGUGCUAGCCGCUGCCGUGGAGCAGUUGAGCUACAAUUUCGGCAUCUUCAUCCUCUUGUUCUACACGGCCAUCUGGCAAAGCGGCUGGAAUGUGACUAUUGUGGCCGAUCAGGUGCAUGGCCUACUCAGCAUCAUAUAUGGUGUUGUGGCACUCGCCUUGGCACUGACCUGCUGCAUCGAGUCGCCCGUGUAUCUGCUGCUUCGCCGCAACGAGCAGGCUGCAGUGGAUGCACUGCGUCAUCUGCAGCGCCCAUCGGUGGUGACCAGCGAAACAUUCCUGCUGUUAGAUGAGCACAAACGCUACGUAGCUGCCAAUCGGGAUCUGAGUUGGAGUCAGAGCAUACAACGCGGUCUGGUGCCGUUGCUGAAGGUCGCCGCACAUCGUUCACUGUAUGCAUUGAGCAUGACUCCCAUCAUAUGGAGCGCUCUGUUCGAAACAGCAGUGGAACUAACACCUGAGUUUCACACAUGGCCCUAUGUGGUAUUUGGCACUUUGCGCUUGAGCGGCUGCAUCUCUGUUGUCUUCCUAAUGGACUCCGGUGGCCGAAAAAAGCCGUCGCUGUUUGGCACCUUUGCUGGCGGUGUCUUUGCCAUUGCCUUUGCCACAUUAUUCCAGCGUUUACCUCGCAUGAUCGCUGCUUUGUCCCUCUUAUUUUGUUUUCAGUUUUUCGCGGGCGUGGCGUAUGCAGCUUCCGCUGUGUACCUGACCGAGGCUUUUCCAUUGGCAGUCAAACCGUAUUUUGUUGCGCUCGUAUAUGCCCUUGAGUUGCUGAUUAGGCUGGGCUUUUGCAGUUAUACGCCAACGCACUCGGGCAUAUCCAUCUAUUUUUAUAUAUCGGGUGGCAUAUCCUUAACCUUCUUCUUGCUGGGCAUCUUUUGUUUGCCGGAGACGAGGCUGACAACGCUUGCAAAGGGUCAUUUUAAGAUUCGAAAGUGGUUCAAUGAAGAUUUCUGA